AUGCCAGUUCAGCUUUUAAAGGGAUCAACCAAUGUGGUUUACCAAGCCCAUCAUGUCAGCAGGAGUAAGAGAGGACAAGUCGUCGGUACCAGGGGUGGAUUUCGAGGCUGCACGGUUUGGCUAACAGGCCUUUCUGGAGCUGGCAAGACAACCAUUGGCUUUGCUCUGGAGGAGUACUUGGUCUCUCAUGGCAUCCCUUGCUAUUCCCUGGAUGGUGAUAAUGUUCGCCAUGGCUUGAAUAGAAACCUCGGUUUCUCGGCUGAGGACCGCGAGGAGAACAUCCGCCGCAUCGCAGAGGUGGCCAGGCUGUUUGCUGACGCUGGACUUGUCUGCAUAACUAGUUUCAUUUCUCCUUUCACAAAGGAUCGUCAAAAUGCACGGAAAAUUCAUGAGGCAGCUGGACUUCCUUUCUUUGAAAUCUUUGUAGAUGCUCCUCUAAAUAUUUGUGAAAGCAGAGAUGUGAAGGGCCUAUACAAAAAGGCAAGAGCUGGAGAGAUCAAAGGAUUCACGGGGAUUGACUCAGAGUAUGAGAAGCCCGAAUCUCCUGAACUAGUGUUGAAAACGAAUGUUGCGUCGGUGUCUGAAUGUAUUCAGCAUGUUGUGGAGCUCCUCCAAACACAAAACAUUGUGCCCCAUGGCUCUAUUAAGGAUGUUCUUGAGCUGUUUGUACCUGAAAAUAAACUCAGUAGUGUCCGAGCUGAAGCAGAGAUGCUGCCAUCCGUAGAGAUCACUAAGCUGGAUCUGCAGUGGGUGCAGGUGCUGAGCGAAGGCUGGGCCACUCCGCUGACCGGCUUCAUGCGCGAGGCGGAGUACUUGCAAGUGAUCCAUUUUGGCACCCUGCUGAAUGGAAGGAAUCGCUGUGUAGCUGACGGCGUUGUCAACCUGAGCAUCCCCAUCGUGUUGCCGAUCUCCACGGAGGACAAGGAGCGGCUGGAGGGCUGCGAGGCGCUGGCGCUCAGCUAUGCGGGGCGGAGGGUGGCAGUUCUGAAGAGCCCCGAGUACUUUGAGCACAGGAAGGAGGAGCGCUGUGCCCGCGUCUGGGGCACCACCUGCGCAAAGCACCCACACGUCAAAAUGGUGAUGGAGAGUGGAGACUGGCUGGUUGGUGGAGACCUCCUCGUGCUGGAGAAGAUCAAAUGGAAUGAUGGGCUGGACCAGUACCGCCUGACACCGCUCGCUCUCAAGCAGAAGUUCAGAGAAAUGAACGCUGAUGCUGUCUUUGCGUUUCAGCUACGCAAUCCUGUCCACAACGGGCACGCCCUGCUCAUGCAGGACACGCGGCGCCAGCUUUUGGAGAGGGGUUACCAAAACCCUGUGCUUCUCCUGCACCCCCUGGGAGGAUGGACCAAAGAUGACGAUGUCCCGCUGGAGUGGCGGAUGAAGCAGCACACAGCGGUACUGGAGGAGCAAGUCCUGGACCCCAAGUCGACCAUCGUUGCCAUCUUCCCCUCUCCCAUGCUUUAUGCUGGCCCCACAGAGGUGCAGUGGCACUGCCGAGCUCGCAUGAUUGCCGGGGCCAAUUUCUACAUUGUGGGGCGUGACCCUGCAGGCAUGCCUCACCCCGAGACCAAGAAGGACCUCUACGAGCCCACGCAGGGAGGGAAGGUCCUCAGCAUGGCACCAGGACUGACCUCGGUGGAAAUCAUCCCCUUCCGGGUGGCUGCUUACAAUAAACUGAAAAAGGCCAUGGACUUUUAUGACCAAAAAAGGCAUGAUGAUUUUGACUUCAUCUCAGGAACACGCAUGAGGAAGCUUGCUCGUGAAGGUGAAAACCCACCAGACGGCUUCAUGGCCCCCAAAGCUUGGAAAGUCCUAACCGAGUACUACCAGUCACUGGAAAAAAAGAAUUAACACUACUCCUCCUCCCUAGAAAUACUUGUAUUAAGAGUGAGCAAUGAUUGAUUGAUUGAUUCCCUAUGACACAGAUCAGUUCCUUGGCAUUUCCAAUGCUCUGACUGUAGGAUUUUCCUACCUGGGUCAGAGUGUUUUUUACUAAUCAG